AUGGCCUCUGCAGCACCUCAACAAUACCUCGACAUUGAAAUUACAGAUGAACUGAAGUAUGACAUUCGAAUUGAAAAUGCUCAUAUAGACAGCGGCGAGUUCUACAGGGAGGGCGAUCAAAACGAUGUCCUAACCACCGACGAUCUUGAAGACAUGAUGAUUCGUCACAACGGUGGCAUGCGGCAUGUCUGUUCCUGUGGUGAAGAAAAGGGCUUCAAAGGGCUGCAAGGCACAAUUGAUCUCGUGGACGAUGUAAAAGAUGCCCGAAUUUGCACUCUGGCAUGGAAUGCUCCUAUGGAGCCUGGAAAAACAAACAUGUUCAUGAUGCGUGAUCAUGACCCUCGAUACAAUAUUGAUAUUGGAAAGUGGAACGAAUCCGGUAUCAUGGGAAAGGUUCCAGUUACCAUCCGGGAGGAGUAG